AUGGAUAUCAAGAAGGUUGCUGGAAUACAGCAGAAAGUAUUUCAUAGACUGUGUACAGGCGACUACCACACUGGCGACAUCGACAGCGAAGACUUCCUAUAUGGUCAGGCUGUCGUGUCUGAAUGGUACAGAGAGUAUAGUUACCUCACUUCCUCUUUAGCUCUCGUAGUGGAGAACAAGUGUGUGUGGGAGCUCCCAACAGAGACAUUCUCUCUCGAUGAGUGUCACUACCAGGGCUUGCCCAUGUUGAGGGUGCUGAAAGACAUCACUCAGGUGGAGGAUAGACACCUCAUCUUACUUCUGGUGUCGCUGACAGCAUUAGAGGUAGCAAUAAGGUUCCGUAUUUUAUUUAGAAGGCUGAGUGCUCCUACGUCGGGGUCUCUACGGCGGAGAGCACGGGAGCGCAAGAAAGCCGAACAGACGAGGAUCGAAGGAGAACAAUUAGCGAGGGAGCGACGUGAGCAAAGAACCAGAGAAAAAUUAAAAAGUCAACUUAAAGCUCAAGCAGAGCUGGCUUCGUAUGCGCCAUGGGGUAAAGCGGGCGGCGGGGCACCCAAUCCGCGCGGCGUGCGCUUCAGUAACUUGCGAGCUAAGGGGAUUUUUCCCGAAGACGAACUAAGGGGAGUGUCAUUACAGGAGGCUUGUCAUCGUUGGACAACGUCGCAGCAACGUAGCAGGCGUCAGACUCCGAUACGUCUGCGCGAGGACCCGCAAAUUUUGUACGCAGAAAAUCUCCGCAAAAGCGUCGACAAUGAUAUCCGUUACAAACAAGCCCCGGCACAACAAAUGGUUUACAAAAAGAUUCUAGAUGACAUGGUUGAUAAAAGGAAGAAAGCGGAAAAAGCCGAAAACAAACGCGAAUUGGAAUACGAAAAGAGAUUGCUUGCAAUGGACGGACCAUGGGGAAAGCCAGGUCCUGGAGGCACGAUCUGGAGGAAUCCUCGAAAUAUUGGUUUGAACUUUUCAAAGUCCAUGGGAUGGACAAACAAUGAAAUUUUUACUAAACUGAAAGGGGAUCAUCGACAACUUAAGAGAUCUUCGCUAACUUUGCCCAUUGUAAAGAGAGAUGAUGAUUACUAUAAAGACGAAGGGGACACUGAAGCUGCAAAGGGCGACGUUACGAAACUACCUGACAUCGGUGACAUCCCUAAAAGCGGACGCCAUCAACUUAAAUUUUUGAAUGAAAAUAUAAAGGAUUCAAAUGAUACAAUCACAAGAAGCAAACGUAGUUCAAAAAAGAUGAAAUUUAUCAAGAGGCUGUCUAACGGUGAGCGAUUGAAACGGAUAUAUCCGGCAGACGAUGAUUCGCACAAUGAGAGACACGAUGGCGAAAUAUCGAACGAUAAAAAGCUUACGCCCGAAGGAGCUAUACUGAGAUUGACAGGUGGCGUGGAGCUAGUGCCACUACUGGCUCGUAGGAGGCGGGUCGGAGCCCGUACUCUGCCGUCCAGUGAUGUAACUCGUCCACCGGAACAACCAUGCCAAUGGCGUGAAAUUCUGAAUGUUGAUUACUUGAGGGAACUCAAACAUCAAAUGCGAGUGAAAUGUGAAAAAAAAGAGGAGAGCCGUCGCACAUCUGCUGAGAGUGUGAAGCAGCACCACGUGACCUGGGCGUCGCUGUGGGGUCGUCCGGGCCACGGGGCACCGCAACAACGGGGCCGAUACGCUAGAAGCAACCUCGCUCAAAUAUUAUACGUUGCACCUUUAGCUCAAUCUUAGGUAUAAAAGAAAAAGAAAAAAAAUCACAGACACAUAAACAUUUUUAAUUAAAAAAAAUAUAUAUUUAUGCCGACAAAAUUUCCUACAUAAAUCUGUA